AUGAAGUGCAAAAAACACCCCUUAGACCUUAGCAGCACCGUCGGUGUCUGCGCUUCAUGUCUCCGCGAACGCCUCAUAGCGCUCAUGGCCGCUCAGGCCCAGGCCCAACCCCAUCCCCAGGCCCAAUUAACGCGAGGCCACUCUCGCGCAUCCGACGAAUUUUCCAGAAACUCCCAACCUAACCUUCCCCCGCCGUUAAUCUUCCCUCGCUCGGUUUCUCCCUACGUCUCUCGCCGCAAGUCCGACUACUCCGCCGCCUGGCUCGCCUGCGACCACCGCCGCGACCGUCUCUUCUACAGCACGCCGCAGCUCGGCCCCACCUUCUGCGCCGCUGACUCCGCCUACCACGCCGACGCCAGCUCCUUCAAGAAGCGCUUCCACGGCUUCAGACUGUUCUCCAAGCUCUUCAGGUCCAGAUCGGAGAAGCUCCGCUCCGAUCCGCCGUGCGACGCGUCGCCGUCGUGGUUCUCCGCGUUUUUCCCCGCUCGCCGGAGGAACAAGGACCGGAACGGAGAGGAUUCCGCCGCGCCGCGGCGGCGGUACCGCCCCUCGGAUCGCGGAAUGUCGCCGGUGAGGACUGAGGAUUUCGGCGACGAAUGCGAUCAGUCGCCGUCGGCGAGCGGAUACGCCUCGGAGGCCUCGCCGUGGUGGCGGAGAACGCCGACGACGGCAGCGUCGGCGCGGCGGACGAAGCUAGGGCACGCGAAGAGCGCGUCGGGCUCGGGUAUCGCGCUUUGCCUGAGUCCUCUGGUUCGGGCGAGUCCGAACCGGAGGUGGAACCACAAGGGGUUUCCGGCGGAGAUGGCGGAGGUUAGAACAACGGCGGCGAAGCCUCACCUCUCCGCCGCGGCGUCGUUUAACAAGAACCGUUCGAGGAAGCUUGCGGAUUUCGGACGAGCCAACUAUAACCGUUGA